AAUGGAAACAGAGGGAGUAUAUUUUGGACCCUAAAAAAUAAUGUCGUGGUGGUUGGAGAUGGUCUAAGUUAAAGUUGGUUUCUCUCAAUUGUGUUGCCUCCGGUCGUUUCUGGCGAUCGUUACAGAUUGACGGAUUAUAAAGGGACACUGUUUCUCCUUCUUUGACGAAUCCAUUCGAAGAUCACUGGGGGGUUUGAGUGAAUGAUGGGAAAAGAAGAUAGCAGUGAAGAGGUUUGUUCUUCAGAGGAUAUGGUGACAAAUCUGAAGGCUUCUAUAAGAGAAUUGGGUGGGAAAGUGAGGGAACAGAAUCAGAGAAAAUGUGAUGUUAAGGAUAAGCUGCAGCAGUUGCGAGAAAGAAUAAACGCUGAAGGUGUUGUUGAUGUUUCAGUUUCAGUCCAGGAGGAGUUGAUACCUCUUUUGAGAUCACUCAAGGAAUUAGAAAAACAGGAAUCUGAAGUCCGGUCGAACUGCGAUGCCAAGCGUUCUGCGUUAGAAGAUGCUGUUUGUGGUUUGGAGGAGAGAGUCGCAAAGGGUGAGAUUCCCGAGGAAGAUUUAGAUGUUUUGUUGGUUGAAUCACUGGAUCAUCUCACUUCAGCAAAGAAGGAGCUUGCAGCAACGCUAAGAGAAAUAGUGUCUCUGAAGCGACAGAUUGAUGAUGUACCAUGCCAAUCUGAACUCCUCCAAUAUGAAAGAAGAUUCUCAGAGCUUAAUGUUUGUAUACAGGAGAAGCUUCAACAAACUAGGAAGCUCUAUGGGACAUACAAUGCUCUUUCAGAAAUAAAAGAUUUGAUGCUAAAGGAGAUUUCAUUACUGAAUUCAAUAGGUUCACAGUUUCAAGACGUGAUUCGUACACCUACUGGCCGCGUGAAGCUAAUUGAUUCAAUGGAAGUAGUCAUGAAAGGAAUCCAACAGAAGCUAGGAAAGGUACAACUUGGGCUUCAAGAAGAGCAGAGGCUCUGUGAUGCUUCAAAAGAAAAGUAUACUGCUGCAGCUGCAGAGCAAAGAAAAUGCUAUAAUUCUUUCCAAGUAUAAGUAUUUUCAAAGCUGACAUUAUUUGGACUUGGUGAUUUUAAACAAGUUUGUCUCUUCAGCCUAUGAUAUCGAUAGAUAGUUUGCUGAGUUUGUCUUUUAUAAAGUAUAUUUUCAAGCACCAACUUAUUUGAGUUUCAACAGUUUAAAAGUGUUUUGAGUGUGCUAAAA